AUGAAAUGUUUGGAUUUGACAUAUUUAAUGGAACAACGUUUUCGAUACACACAUAUUCGAGAUGAAUUGGAGGAGGCUGAGUUUGUUGGUGAACUUCGACGAAAAUGCGAGAAAUGUUUGAUGAUAUCAGAUGGUGAACAAAGUAACGAAAGUAAAGAACUGGUGAAAUCGGCUGACGAGAAUAGUAGUAGAAGUGAUGAUGAAGCGGAAGAUAACAUUGAAAUGAAAAAACAACAAAAAUUUGAUAGUACAUCAAAAAUAUCAAAUAGUAAAAAGGAAAAAUUAAAAGGUCAACCGAAAAAAAGGAAAACAAAGAAGAAGAGGAAUAAAAGUAUGGAUUUGAAAGUUUUGAAGCGUUUUUGGUUUAAACGCGAUCAAAGCCCGCCACCAAAAGAUGAAUUGGAAAAGCAUUUGGAUGAAUUACGAAUGCGAACACGUAACGAAAUACACACAUUAGUAUUUCUCAAUAGUGCUGCGAAAGAAGGUAAGAUUAAAAAAAUGAAAAUGUACACGGCAUUUUUAAAUGAGAAAUCACGACGACAAUGGAAUAAAUAUAUUGAAAAGCUUGACAAAGAAAUUAACAUUCUCCCGGACGAGUCAACGGAAUAUAAUAAUAAUGGUUUGAUGGAGCGUUUGAAAGAAAAUCCAGAAUUAUUGGAAGCGAUGGAUAAAUUCAAAGAUGGGAAACAUUUGUGUGAAACAAUUAUGGAACAUUCGUAUGAAAUUGCUAAAAGAAUAGAAAGGCAAUUCUUCAGUCUCAUACCGGGAAUUCCUGGUUUGAUCACUUAUAGAAAUGCAAUGAUUUGCGAAAUAGCAAGAGAUGAGACAAUUAUAACUGUCGUACAAUAA